AUGAGUUUGAUUUGUGUCAUAGUGAAGUACGACCUGAACGACACGAGGAAACAUGCCAAACUGAACCGACUGAACAACGCUGCUACAGUGUUUGUCUUCUUCACCGUCCUCAUCAACAUCUUCAUCACAGCACUGGGCUUUGAGGGACACUCCAUCAGGUCUCAGACUCCUGUGGCUGUGCUUGGAGUUCCAGACCAGUUUCUGACUCUGCCCGUGCCUGAACUCAACCACACUGCAGGACUGUGGCAGAGGACAACCUCUGGCCCCAGCGCCUGCAACAGCCUUUGGGCCCCAGGGACUAACCCCAGCCUCUGGCCCCAAGCUGCCGGAAAGUAG